AAAUAAGUUUUUUUUCUCUUUCUAUUACUCAUUCAUUGAUUCAUUUUAUUGUCUUCUUCUUUACGAAAUUCAGAGAUGCACUAACUCCACACUCCUUCAUUUCUCUCUCUUUCUCUUGAAAUUGAGCUCAAUCUGGCUUUACUACAUCAGAGUUUAGCUCAUCCGCAUUGGUUUUGAUGUUUUGACGGGGCAGGUCUGUACUUGAACUUGGAUCUGGAGAGGGUUGGGUUUUGGAUUGAAUUUCAUUUUGGGAAUCUUGAAAUAAAGUAAAGCUGGCAACCACAGUAGCUUGGAGGUUCGCUGGCAGCAAUGGAAACGGCCAUGCUGCCAAUGAUGCGGAAAAAAAUGGAGAUACCAGACUUCAAGAUUCAGAGCCCCCAACCCCACAUUCAGUUAUAAAGAUGAGUCUGAGAGAUCGCAGUAGCAGCAUGGAGGAUCCAGAUGGAACAUUAGCAAGUGUUGCACAAUGCAUUGAGCUGCUCCGGCAGAGUUCUUCAUCCGGACAAGAGAAAGAGUAUAACUUGAAGCUGUUGCUGGAACUUAUUGAUGCACGUGAAAAUGCUUUUAGUGCUGUUGGAUCUCACUCUCAAGCAGUUCCAGUACUUGUGUCUCUUCUUCGAUCAGGAACACUUGGGGUGAAGAUACAAGCUGCUAAUGUCUUAGGCUCUCUCUGUAAGGAGAAUGAAUUAAGGGUAAAAGUCUUACUUGGGGGAUGCAUUCCUCCAUUACUUGGUCUCCUCAAAUCCAGCUCAGCAGAGGGUCAAAUUGCUGCAGCAAAGACGCUUUAUGCUGUUUCUCAAGAUGGGGCAAAGGAUCAUGUUGGAUCCAAAAUUUUUUCAACUGAAGGAGUUGUGCCAGUGUUAUGGGAACAGCUUAAAAGUGGGCUCAAGACUGGAAAUGGGGUUGAUAACUUACUAACAGGAGCAUUGAAGAAUCUCUCUAGCAGUACCGAGGGAUUUUGGGCUGCAACAAUACAAGCUGGAGGAGUAGAUAUACUUGUUAAGUUACUCACAUCAGGACAACCGGGUACUCAAGCUCAUGUGUGCUUUCUUCUUGCAUGUAUGAUGAGGGAGGAUGCAUCUAUUUGCUCCCGGGUCUUAGCUGCAGAGGCUACAAAACAGCUUCUAAAGCUAUUAGGACCUGGUAAUGAACCCCCUGUUAGAGCAGAAGCUGCAGGUGCUCUUAAGUCUCUCUCUGCCCAGUGUAAAGAGGCAAGGCGUGAAAUAUCUGGUUCAAAUGGUAUUCCUGCUCUGAUAAAUGCUACAAUAGCUCCUUCUAAAGAAUUCAUGCAAGGUGAACAUGCCCAAGCCUUGCAGGAGAAUGCAAUGUGUGCUCUGGCAAACAUUUCUGGUGGCUUGUUGAAUGUCAUCUCAAGUCUUGGGCAAAGCCUUGAAUCAUGCUCUUCACCUACUCAAGUUGCAGACACAUUAGGGGCUUUGGCUUCAGCUCUUAUGAUAUAUGACAGCACGGCUGAAUCUACUAGACCAUCAGAUCCUUCAAUUGUUGAGCGGACUUUGAUAAACCAGUUCAAGCCAAAAUUACCAUUUCUCAUACAGGAGCGCACUAUAGAAGCUCUAGCCAGUUUGUAUGGGAAUCCCUUACUCUCAGUUAAACUUGCAAAUUCUGAGGCAAAACGAUUACUUGUCGGUUUGAUCACAAUGGCAACCAAUGAAGUUCAGGAUGAGCUUGUAAGAGCUUUUCUCAAACUUUGCAAUAAUGAAGGCAGUCUAUGGCAUGCCCUCCAAGGCCGUGAGGGGAUUCAGCUGUUGAUAUCCCUUCUUGGACUUUCAUCAGAACAGCAGCAAGAAUGUUCAGUUGCAUUGCUUUGCCUCUUAUCUAAUGAAAACGAUGAAAGUAAGUGGGCCAUCACUGCUGCUGGUGGCAUACCUCCACUUGUUCAAAUUCUGGAGUCGGGUUCUGCAAAAGCCAAGGAAGACUCUGCUACCAUUCUUCGGAAUCUAUGCAAUCACAGUGAAGAUAUACGUGCUUGUGUUGAAAGUGCCGAUGCUGUUCCUGCAUUGCUGUGGCUACUGAAAAAUGGGAGUUCCAAUGGGAAAGAAAUUGCUGCUAAGACUUUAAACCACCUAAUCCAUAAAUCAGAUACAGCAACUAUCAGCCAGCUCACUGCAUUGUUAACAAGUGAUCUACCUGAAUCCAAAGUUUAUGUUUUAGAUGCUCUUAGAAGCAUGUUGUCUGUGGUUCCCUUCAAUGAUAUAUUGCGUGAAGGCAGUGCUGCAAAUGAUGCAGUUGAGACAAUGAUUAAAAUAUUGAGCUCUACUAAAGAAGAGACUCAGGCUAAGUCGGCUUCAGCUCUCGCUGGGAUUUUUGAAACUCGGAAGGACUUGCGUGAAAGUAGCAUUGCUGUGAAAACUCUUGAUUCUGCGAUGAAGCUGCUAAAAGUUGAGUCUGAAAGCAUCUUAGCAGAGGCUGCUCAUUGCCUUUCUGCAAUAUUUCUGUCAGUCAAGGAGAACCGAGAAGUAGCUGCUACUUCUCAAGAUGCAUUGUCUCCUCUUGUUGCUCUUGCUAAUUGUUCAGUUCUGGAAGUUGCAGAGCAGGCAACAUGUGCUCUGGCAAAUCUUAUUUUAGAUAGUAAAGUUUCAGAGAAAGCUGUAGCUGAGGAAAUCAUUUUGCCCGCUACCAGAGUUUUGCAUGAAGGCACUGUUUCUGGAAAAACACAUGCAGCUGCCGCAAUUGCCCGUCUGUUGCAUUCACACCAAAUUGAUUCCACCAUAACUGAUUGUGUAAACCGUGCUGGAACCGUUCUUGCAUUGGUAUCUUUUCUGGAGUCUGCUAAUGGUGGAUCUGUUACCGCAUCAGAGGCUCUUGAUGCACUUGCUAUUCUGUCAAGGUCAGCAGGUGCUAGUGGGCAUGUGAAACCUGCCUGGGCAGUUUUAUCUGAGUUUCCGAAAAGCAUAACUCCAAUAGUUUCUUCCAUUGCUGAUGCAACACCCUUGUUGCAGGACAAAGCCAUUGAAAUAUUGUCACGACUUUGCCGAGAUCAACCUGUAGUAUUAGGAGAAAAAGUUAUCGAUGCCUCUGGGUGUAUCUCAUCAAUUGCUGAAAGAGUGAUUAGUUCCACAAACACAAAGGUCAAAAUUGGGGGAGCUGCACUUCUUAUAUGUGCGGCAAAAGUUAAUCACCAGAGAAUGGUGGAGGAUCUUAAUCAAACAAACUCAUGUCCUCAUCUUAUUCAAGCACUUGUCACAAUGCUAGGCAUUGUUGAACGCUCUUCAAGAGAUGAGGGUAUUGAUGAAAAAGAGGCCAUUAGCAUUUGCAGAAAUACUUCAGAGCAAGCUAGGAAUGAGAAAUCUGAGACAGGUACAACCGUUAUUUAUGGUGUCAACAUAGCUAUUUGGUUGCUCUCUGUUAUUGCUUGCCAUGAUAGAAAAAGCAAAACAACAAUAAUGGAGGCUGGAGCGGUGGAAGUUCUUACCGACAGAAUCUCGCAUUGUUAUUCACAUUAUAGUCAGAUUGAUUAUAAAGAAGAUAGCAGCAUAUGGAUUUGUGCUUUACUGCUCGCUGUUUUGUUUCAAGAUAGAGAUAUCAUACGAGCGAAUGCAACCAUGAAGGCUAUUCCUGCACUUGCAAAUUUGUUGAAGUCAGAGGAAUUUGCGAAUAGAUAUUUUUCUGCACAAGCAAUUUGCAGCCUAGUCUGCAAUGGUAGCCGGGGAACUCUUCUCUCUGUUGCAAAUUCUGGGGCAGCAGGUGGGCUUAUUGCCUUACUUGGCUGUGCCGAUGAUGAUAUACAAGACCUUCUGGAUUUGUCAGAGGAGUUUGCUUUGGUGCGAUAUCCAGAUCAAGUUGCUCUUGAGAGAUUGUUUAGAGUUGAGGACAUUAGGGUUGGUGCUACUUCUCGAAAAGCAAUACCUGCCCUUGUUGAUUUACUCAAGCCAAUGGCAGAUCAUCCUGGAGCACCUUUUCUUGCUCUUGGCCUUCUGACUCAGCUUGCUAAAGACUGUCCGUCAAAUAAGAUUGUAAUGGUGGAAUCUGGGGCUCUGGAAGCACUUACAAAGUAUCUUUCACUUGGUCCUCAAGAUGCAACUGAGGAAGCUGCUACCGAUCUGUUGGGGCUCCUAUUUAGCAGUGCUGAAAUUAGGAGACAUGAAGCUGCAUUUGGUGCUGUGGCUCAACUGAUGGCUGUAUUACGUUUAGGUGGAAGAGGUGCAAGAUAUAGUGCUGCCAAAGCAUUGGAAAGUCUAUUUUCUGCUGACCAUAUCCGGAAUGCAGAAACUGCAAGGCAAGCUGUUCAACCCUUGGUGGAGAUUCUUAAUACUGGUUUGGAAAGAGAGCAGCAAGCUGCUAUUGCUGCAUUGGUCAGGUUGCUGAGUGAAAACCCAUCAAAGGCCCUUGCAGUUGCAGAUGUUGAAAUGAAUGCAGUUGAUGUCCUUUGCAGGAUCCUUUCGUCUAAUUGUUCAAUGGAGCUGAAGGGGGAUGCUGCUGAGCUCUGUGGUGUUUUUUUUGGAAAUACAAGGAUUAGGUCCACAGUGGCUGCAGCACGAUGUGUUGAGCCUCUUGUCUCUCUUCUUGUAAGUGAGUUUAGUCCUGCUCAGUAUUCUGUUGUCCGUGCAAUAGAUAAACUUGUCGACGAUGAGCAACUUGCAGAAUUAGUUGCUGCAUAUGGAGCUGUUAUUCCUCUUGUUGGCCUUCUUUAUGGUAAAAAUUACAUGCUUCAUGAGGCCAUUUCUAGAGCUCUUGUGAAGCUUGGGAAGGAUAGACCUGGUUGUAAACUGGAAAUGGUGAAAGCUGGUGUAAUUGAAAGUGUACUUGAUAUCCUCCAUGAAGCACCAGAUUUCCUCUGUGCUACAUUUUCCGAAUUGCUUCGCAUAUUAACCAAUAAUGCAGGCAUUGCUAAGGGACCAUCUGCUGCAAAAGUGGUUGAGCCUUUUUUCUUGUUGCUUACUAGACCAGAAUUUGGGCCUGAUGGACAACAUAGUGCAUUGCAGGUUCUGGUUAAUAUUUUGGAACAUCCACAGUGUCGGGCUGAUUAUUCACUGACCUCUCACCAAGCUAUUGAGCCUCUUAUCCCCUUGCUUGAUUCUCCAGCUCCAGCAGUGCAGCAGUUGGCCGCUGAGCUUCUGUCACAUCUACUGCUGGAAGAACAUCUUCAGAAGGAUCCAGUGACGCAGCAAGUUAUUGGUCCUCUCAUCCAGGUCCUUGGUUCUGGCAUACACAUUUUGCAACAGAGAGCUGUCAAGGCUCUUGUAAGUAUUGCAAUAACAUGGCCAAAUGAAAUUGCAAAAGAGGGUGGUGUUAAUGAGCUAUCCAAAAUCAUACUGCAAGCUGAUCCACCACUUCCUCAUGCAUUGUGGGAAUCUGCUGCUUCUGUUUUAUCCAGUAUUUUGCAGUUUAGUUCUGAAUUUUAUUUGGAAGUGCCUAUUGCUGUGUUGGUAAGGCUGCUCUGUUCUGGCUCAGAGGGCACAGUUGUCGGCUCAUUGAAUGCUCUUCUAGUGUUGGAAAGUGAUGAUGGAACCAGUGCUGAAGCAAUGGCUGAAAGUGGUGCCAUAGAAGCUUUGCUAGAACUUCUCCGAUCUCAUCAGUGCGAGGAAACAGCUGCGAGGCUGCUGGAAGUGUUACUCAACAAUGUGAAGAUAAGAGAAUCAAAAGCUACAAAGUCUGCAAUUUUACCACUAUCCCAAUACCUCUUGGAUCCACAAACUCAAGCUCAGCAAGCAAGGCUAUUGGCAACCUUGGCUCUUGGUGAUCUAUUUCAAAAUGAGAGCCUUGCUCGAAGUGCUGAUGCAGUUUCAGCUUGCCGUGCACUAGUCAACGUUCUUGAAGAGCAGCCUACCGAAGAAAUGAAAGUGGUAGCUAUAUGUGCUUUGCAAAACCUUGUAAUGUACAGCAGAUCAAAUAAGAGAGCAGUGGCAGAGGCUGGAGGGGUUCAGGUUGUACUGGAUUUGAUCGGUUCAAGUGAUCCAGAUACAUCUGUUCAGGCUGCAAUGUUCGUUAAGCUUCUCUUUUCAAAUCACACCAUUCAGGAAUAUGCUUCCAGUGAAACAGUUAGAGCUAUAACCGCUGCUAUUGAAAAGGAAUUAUGGGCAACUGGAACUGUGAAUGAUGAGUAUCUAAAAGCUUUAAAUUCUUUAUUUAGCAACUUUCCACGUCUGAGAGCCACUGAACCAGCGACAUUGAGUAUACCCCAUUUGGUUACUGCACUCAAGACUGGUUCAGAGGCAACUCAAGAAGCUGCCUUGGAUACACUUUUUCUUCUCAGACAAGCUUGGUCAGCAUGCCCAGCUGAAGUUUCAAAAGCUCAAUCAGUUGCUGCUGCCGAUGCAAUCCCCUUGCUUCAAUACUUAAUCCAGUCUGGUCCACCCCGGUUCCAGGAGAAGGCUGAAUUUCUGCUGCAGUGUUUGCCAGGUACAUUAGUUGUUAUAAUCAAGCGUGGCAACAAUAUGAAGCAGUCGGUUGGAAACCCCAGUGUUUUCUGCAAGCUUACCCUUGGCAAUACUCCUCCUAGGCAAACUAAGAUUGUGUCAACUGGUCCUAAUCCUGAGUGGGAUGAGAGCUUUGCAUGGUCCUUUGAGAGUCCUCCAAAAGGCCAGAAACUUCACAUCUCUUGCAAGAACAAGAGUAAAAUGGGAAAGAGUUCUUUUGGCAAAGUAACCAUCCAAAUUGAUCGAGUCGUGAUGCUCGGAGCUGUUGCUGGCGAAUACACGCUAUUACCAGAAAGCAAGAGUGGCGCAUCGCGGAAUCUGGAAAUAGAAUUCCAAUGGUCCAAUAACCUGACACAGAAGUAAUUAUCAUCGCGGCAAAUUAAAACUUAGUAGGUAAAAAAUAUGGUAUGCACAAGUAGAGAAUUCUUUCAAUUUUUUCGUCGAUCAUUCGAUCCGACAUUUCGGUUAUAUCAUUAGUGUAUAUAGCAUUGCAGAGAUUUUAUUUUUUGUUAGUAGUCUGAAAUAGCCAAUUUGUAUUGUAAUCUUUUGUAAACUUGGAUGUUCUUGCAUUUGAUGAACAAGAAGAUUUGAGGUUUCUUUGGAAUAUUUGUACUGAGUUUUGUGUGCUGGUCAAUGUGAAAGGAAAGUAAGGAUAUUGUGGUUAAGUUAAUAAUAAAUGUUUGUGCCAUUUCCCAAAGGCUAUGGGCGACAUCAAGGAAUGGAAUUCUUAUGGAA